AUGGGGAAGAAGAACGAAGCCGCGGAUGCGAACGACAAGCUCGACAGAAUCGCCAUCGUCAACGCAGAAAAAUGUCGACCCAAGAAGUGUAAGCAGGAGUGCAAGCGAUCGUGCCCGGUGGUGAAAGUGGGCAAGCUCUGCAUCGAGGUCUCGCCGAAGGAUAAGAUAGCGUUCCUCUCGGAAGAACUGUGCAUCGGAUGCGGGAUCUGCGUGAAGAAGUGCCCGUUCGAGGCGCUGACUAUUAUUAACCUGCCAAAGAAUCUGGAGAAGGAGACGACGCAUCGGUACGGGCCGAACACGUUCAAGCUGCACAGAUUGCCGACGCCGCGGGCGGGGCAGGUUUUAGGUUUGGUGGGGACGAAUGGGAUCGGUAAGUCGACGGCGUUGAAGAUUUUGGCGGGGAAGCUCAAGCCGAACCUGGGUAACUUUUCGAAACCGCCAGAGUGGACGGACAUUCUCAAUCACUUCCGCGGGUCAGAACUGCAGAACUAUCUCACUAAGAUUUUGGAGGACGACAUGAAGGCGCUGAUCAAGCCGCAGUACGUCGAUAAUAUUCCGAAAGCGGUGAGAGGGGAGGUUGAGCAGUGCCUGAGCGACAGAAACGAGCUCGACAACUUGGAUUUUCUCAUCGAGCAGUUGGAUUUGCAAAACGUCAUGCAACGCCAGGUUGCGCAGUUGUCCGGUGGUGAGCUUCAGCGUUUCGCCACCGCGAUCAUCGCGUGCCAAAGGGCGGACAUUUAUAUGUUCGACGAGCCGUCGUCAUAUUUGGACGUCAAGCAGCGCCUCAAAGCGUCUCGAGUGAUUCGAUCAUUGCUGAAGAACGACACGUACGUCAUCGUCGUCGAACACGAUUUGUCUGUGCUUGAUUAUCUUUCCGAUUUCAUUUGCUGCCUGUACGGUAAGCCAGGGGCGUACGGCGUUGUCACGAUGCCAUUCUCUGUUCGCGAAGGCAUCAACAUUUUUCUCGCCGGUUUCGUGCCGACGGAAAACUUGCGCUUCCGCGACGAGGCGCUCACCUUCAAGGUUUCGGCCCAAGACGACUUGAUUGGCGGCGAUGACUCAUACUCUCGAUACGAAUACCCGGCGUUGGUGAAGACUCAAGGUGAUUUUAAGCUCAACGUCGAGGCAGGUGAGUUCACCGAUAGCGAAAUCGUCGUGUUACUUGGAGAAAACGGUACGGGCAAGACGACGUUCAUUCGUCUCAUCGCCGGUUUGAUUCAACCGGACGACGAGGAAAUUGAACUCCCAGAAUUCAACGUCUCGUACAAGCCGCAGAAGAUCGCGCCCAAGUUUCCGGGCACUGUGCGAGAGCUCUUGCACAAGAAGAUUCGUGACGCUUACGUGCACCCGCAGUUCAUUUCCGACGUCAUGAAGCCGAUGAACAUCGAUCCACUGAUGGACCAAGCCGUGCAGGAUCUCUCCGGUGGUGAAUUGCAGCGUGUGGCGUUGGCGAUGUGCAUGGGAACGGCCGCGGACAUUUACCUCAUCGACGAACCGUCGGCUUACUUGGACGCAGAACAGCGUGUGUCUGCCUCCAAGGUGAUAAAGCGUUUCAUUUUGCAUGCGAAGAAGGUAGCGUUCAUCGUAGAGCACGAUUUCAUCAUGGCCACCUAUCUCGCAGACAAGGUUGUCGUGUAUUCUGGUGUGCCCGCCGUAGAGGCUACGGCGCACGCGCCACAGUCGCUGCUCACGGGUAUGAACAUGUUCUUGAAGGCGCUCGAAAUUACGUUCCGCCGCGAUCCCACCAACUACCGCCCGCGUAUCAACAAGUUCCAAUCGCAGCUCGACGCCGAACAAAAGGCGGCGAACAGCUACUACUUGCUCGAUGAAUAA